UCUCUCUAAAAACUCAACAAUCGUAGAUUCGUUCAACAUAUUUCCAUCUCCGAAAUGAAGAACUUCCUGACGCCUAGAAAUCAUACGUUGAGAGAAAAUCCUGACGCCGUCACAGCUUCUCCGAACCCUAAAUCGAAGCCGACCACGCCGAAUCAAAGCAACCGGAAGCUUAAAUCGAGCAAAGAGAAUGCACCACCGGCGCCGGCGUCAGAUCCGAACAUUCCGAUGUCCUCUCCUGCCGCCAAGAUGAAGAGCCCACUCCCUCCUCGCCCCCCGCUCAAGAGGAAGCUCAGUGUUGAGUCUGUGGCGUCUGAGAAUUGUGCGCCCCCCGCCAAUUCAUUAGAUUCCGGUGUGAAGGUGGUAGUUCGCGUGAGACCACCAAGCAAGGAGGAAGAAGAUGGAGAUGUAGUUCAGAAAAUUACAGAAGAUUCUUUAACAAUAUCAGGGCAAACAUUUACUUUCGACUCAAUUGCUGAUAUUCAUUCCAAGCAGAUUGAAAUAUUCGAGCUCGUAGGUGCACCACUUGUUGAAAAUUGUCUUGCCGGGUUUAAUAGUUCUGUCUUUGCUUAUGGUCAGACUGGAAGUGGGAAGACAUACACGGUAUGGGGUGCAUCCAACUCCUUGUUGGAAGAUGAUCAGCAAGGCCUAGCACCACGUGUAUUUCGAAGGCUCUUUGAACGGAUUAAUGAGGAGCAAAUCAAGCAUGCUGACCGACAACUUGUGUAUAUGUGCCGCUGCUCUUUUCUCGAGAUCUAUAACGAACAAAUAACUGAUCUAUUGGAUCCAAGUCAAAAGAAUCUCCAGAUUAGAGAAGAUGUCAAAACUGGUGUUUAUGUUGAAAAUUUGAGAGAAGAGUCUGUGUCCUCCAUGAAGGAUGUCUCACAACUACUGAUAAAGGGGUUAUCAAACCGGAGAACCGGCGCCACAUGUGUAAAUGCUGAAAGUUCUCGUUCCCACAGUGUUUUCACAUGUGUGGUUGAAUCACGCGGCAAGAGUGUGGCUGAUGGUUUAAACCGCUUGAAAAUGAGUAGAAUUAAUUUUGUUGACCUUGCUGGAUCUGAGAGGCAAAAGCAAACAGGUGCAGCUGGAGAACGCUUGAAGGAAGCAGGGAAUAUUAACCGUUCUCUUUCACAGCUGGGGAACUUGAUAAAUAUUCUGGCAGAAGUUUCCCAGACUGGAAAACAAAGGCACAUUCCAUACAGAGAUUCAAAGUUAACAUUUUUGCUACAAGAAUCUCUAGGAGGGAAUGCCAAGUUGGCGAUGAUAUGUGCCAUUUCUCCAUCUCAAAGCUGUAAGAGUGAGAGUCUCAGUACCCUAAGAUUCGCUCAACGAGCUAAAGCAAUAAAGAACAAAGCAGUCAUUAACGAGGAAAUGCAAGAAGAUGUAAGUGUCUUGAGAGAUGUGAUUCGGCAACUGAGGGAUGAACUACACCGGAUGAAGGCCAAUAAUGAUCAAACAGGUCCUAGUGGAGCAUAUGCAACUGGAUGGAGUGCACGAAGAAGUUUGAAUCUUCUUAGAUUUAGCCUCAACCGCCCCAUGAUGUUACCCCAUGUUGAGGAUGAUAGUGAUGAAGAAAUGGAGAUAGUGGAUACAGAUGAUGCAAUAAUGCCUGUAAUCCAUGAAGAAACAGGUGUGUGUACAGAUGUUAAUAUGGAAGACGAAGCAUUUGAAACAGUUGACAAGGAUAACACAGAAUUAUCUUCUGAAAUGCAACUUUCUUCAGAUGUAGAGAUCACACCUGAUAAGUCCACACAUUGCAUCGAAGAUGCUACAGCUUCUGAUCUCAGUGUUGUUCCUAUUGACUUGCCACCUGUACUAAAGUCACCAGCUCCUAGUAUUUCGCCAAGAUUAAACAGUAGCAGGAAAAGUCUUAGGACCUCAUCAACAUCAACUGCUUCUCAGAGUUUUCCCACUCAGAGUAACUUGAAGGAUGAAAAUGCAUCCAUUUCGAAACCUUCUAAUAGCAUCUGUAUGAAUUCUCUCUCUAAUCGUAAAUCCUGUUUCGCAUCGACCAAACAUUUGGCUGCUAGCCUUCACCGUGGUCUUGAAAUUAUCGAGAGUCAACGUGCCAAUCCUGCUCUGAGACGGUCAUCGUUUAGAUUCUCUUGCUUGGCAGCCGAUCUUAAGGCAGUUAUACCAGUUGUCAAAGUUAAUAUGGGUGUUCAAACCAUUUCUCUCGAUGAAGAAGAAUCUCUAUGUAGUAAAUGCAAGACUAAGAACUUCCAGCAAGAACCUGUAACCGAUGAUGAUGUCCAAAAUAUGCAGUUAGUACCUGUUAAUGGAUCACCAUCACAUGACAUAUGCACGAAGCAAGUUCCAAAGGCUGUAGAAAAGGUCUUGGCUGGAGCUAUUCGGAGAGAGAUGGCAUUAGAAGAGAUGUGUGCCAAACAAAAUUGGGAGAUAACACAGCUUAAUCGUUUGGUCCAACAAUACAAACACGAGAGAGAGUGUAAUUCCAUAAUUGGUCAAACUCGUGAAGAUAAAAUUAUUCGUCUCGAAAGCCUCAUGGAUGGAGUAUUACCUACUGAGGAGUUCAUGGAGGAGGAACUCUUGUCCCUAACUCACGAACAUAAGAUUCUUAGGGAACAAUAUGAUAACCAUCCAGAUGUUCUGAGAACAAAAAUUGAAUUAAAAAGAGUUCAAGAUGAACUGGAAAGAUAUCAAAAUUUCUUUGACUUGGGUGAGAGAGAAGUUCUGUCGGAAGAAGUACAAGACUUAAGAACUCAGCUGCAAUUUUAUGUGGAUUCGUCAACCAAGAAUGUGAAAAGACAACCCCCUCUCCUAGAGCUUUCUUCUCCUCAAGAUCCAAGUGUGGCUCCCGCUUUAUCCACUACUUGCCAUAUAACUGAGAGUGCUGAGGAGAGAUUUCAACAGGAGAGAAACCAGUGGACUGAAACAGAGAGCAAAUGGAUUUCCCUUGUGGAAGAACUCAGAAUGGAACUCGAAUCCAACCGAUCCGUUGCUCAGAGACAAAAGCAAGAGCUGGAUAUUGAAAAGAAGUGUUGUGACGAACUUAAAGAAGCAAUGCAGAUGGCAAUGGAAGGCCAUGCAAGAAUGCUUGAACAAUAUGCCGAGCUUGAAGAGAAGCACAUUCAUAUGCUCGCUAGGCAAAGGAAAAUUCAUGAAGGAAUUGAUGAUGUCAAGAAAGCAGCAGCAAAGGCAGGAGUAAGAGGUGCAGAAUCCAAAUUCAUUAAUGCUCUUGCUGCAGAAAUUUCGGCGCUUAAAGUGGAACGAGAAAAGGAGAGACGGUACUUGAGAGAUGAAAAUAAAGCGCUUCAGGCCCAACUAAGGGAUACUGCUGAAGCUGUUCAGGCUGCUGGGGAAUUACUUGUGCGACUUAAAGAAGCAGAAGAAGCCAUAGCUGCUGCUGAGAAACGAGCAAUAGUGGCAGAGGUGGAGACUGAAAAUGCAUACAAAGAGAUGGAAAAACUGAAUAAGUUGCUUGUAGCCUCUCACAUGCGUAAAGAGGAGGAAUAUGGUGGUGCUGAGGGUGAGGGGACAGGUGGCGGCGAUCAACAAUGGCGAGAGGAAUUUGCGCCAUCUUAUGAUGGUGUUGAAGACGAAGAGCCUUCUUCAUGGUUCUCUGGUUACGACCGUUGCAACAUUUAAUAAUAAAUAAAUAAAUAAAAACACAAUUGUUAGAUAUUGUUGUGACAUUAUAUGUAUGUGUGGACCAUUGUUGUAUGUUGUAAUACAGGUUCUCAUGUAUGCAAAAAAGCAAAAUCUAGAGUUCUCCUUUUCUUAUGUUGUUGUUUCCUUGUACUGAAAUCCAUGUUCAUAACAUAGCAAAUCUGAUUUCUUUUUCA